AGCAUGUAGGUGGGGAAGGUAGAGAUAGGUAGAAAGAGAGAUGCAAUACCAAAGUGUGUGUGUCCGCGAGGCUGUCUGUAGCGCAACCCUUCAUCCUCUAGUCAGGGACUGUGAUGUGUUAUGGAGCUGCGAUGCACAGAUUCUCCGCAGAAGCAGGGAAUGCAGAUAGAAGUUCACCUUGAGCUGGACUCUAACAGUGUCAAUCUGGAUCUCUGGGAUUACAAGAAAUGCUUAUUGAUCCCGAGACCAAGAACAACAGAGAAUUAAUCUGGAUUUAAUCUGAUCUGACAACCUGCCAGAGUGGCUCCAGAAUCUUUACAUUUGGGAUUUCUGGUCCAAAUUUAUACCAGAACGUCUGACAGAGAGGCUCUGAACUGCCAGUCCAGGGCCGGAAAUCAAACAGGUACUUGGCUUGGCAGAAACUAGCCAGCUGUCUUCAAACCUGACAGCAAACAGAACCAAGAUUGUGACAUCCACAUCUCACGCUGGAACCCCGCAAAGCCACGGCCAAGCAGGUCCUGCACCCCAGGGAACCUGGAGCCGGCCUGACCUUGGACCGGCUGUCACCUGAACCCCUCUUGGCACCAGCUGAAGCGUCCAGCAUGUCUCGGACCGGAGGGAGGUUCCACAACAAAAAGGCCGGCAUUCGGGCCGCAGUGAUCUUGAUCGGACUCCUGCACAAGUCUCGCAAAGCCAAGGAGAAGGAGAGGGAGAAGGAGAGAGAGAAAGAGGAGAGCGAAGGGAAACAGGAGCUGCUGAACAUUUCCAACGUCCCUCUGGGAGAAUGUCCCCCCUCACCCCCCCGCACUGCGCCGCCCAGCAUGAAGUCUGCAGAGUUCUUCGAUAUGCUGGAGAGGAUGCAGGAUGACUACAUCCCCUACCCACGGAUAGAAGAUGUCUUGGAGAAAGGUGGUCCAUACCCCCAGGUAAUACUGCCACAGUUUGGAGGUUACUGGAUUGAGGAUGUGGAGGCACCAGCAGGGACCCCCUCCUCCUCAGAGUCCAGUUUCUGUGAGGAGGAGGACGGAGGAGAAGGCAUGAGCCCUGGUGGGGGGCACAGCUACCGUCUGGAGUGUAACAGCAUAGCCCGCGCCUACCGCAAACACUUCCUAGGCAAGGAACACAUGAACUAUUACUGCACUGGCAGCAGCAUAGGCAACCUCAUCAUGUCUCUGAAACACGAGGAGGCUGAGGGACAGGAGUUCCUACGCAUCAUGCUAAGGUCGAGGAUCAAAACAGUCCAUGACAGGAUCUCUUUAGCAGGCAUCAACCAGCUACCCAGUGUACCCCAGAUUGCCAAGCUUCUGUGUGACGAUGCCACAGGGCUGAAGUUCACCCCGGCCCUGUACCCUCGGGGGUCCCAGUUGAUAGUGGCUUAUGAUGAACACGAGGUGAACAACACCUUCAAAUUUGGAGUCAUCUACCAGAAGUUUGGACAGACAUCAGAGGAAGAGUUGUUUGGGAACAAUGAGGAGACGCCGGCUUUCAAGGAGUUUCUCAGUCUCCUGGGUGACAACAUUGAACUCCAGGACUUUAAGGGGUUCCGCGGUGGGCUGGAUGUGUCCCACGGACAGACGGGGUCUGAAUCUGUCUACACUUUCUUCAGACAGAGAGAGAUUAUGUUCCAUGUGUCAACCAAGCUUCCCUUCACCGAGGGAGACGUCCAGCAGCUCCAGAGGAAAAGGCACAUAGGAAAUGACAUCGUGGCCACAGUCUUCCAGGAAGAUCCCACACCGUUUGUUCCAGACAUGAUCGCCUCCAACUUCCUACAUGCUUACGUGCUGGUGCAGGUUGAGAACCCCUGUACAGAGCACACAACAUACAAGGUGUCUGUUACAGCGAGGGAGGAUGUGCCUUCUUUUGGACCCCCUCUCCCGAACCCAGCUGUCUUUAGGAAGGGUCCUGAGUUUCGAGACUUCCUGCUGACAAAGCUGAUCAAUGCCGAAAACGCCUGCUACAAAUCUGACAAAUUCGCCAAACUAGAGGGGCGAACGCGAGCUGCGCUGCUGGACAACCUCCAUGACGAGCUGCACAGACAGAGCCAGGCCACACUGGGUCUGGGCCAGGCAGGAGAGGAGGACAAGCUGGAGAAUGGGGGACACGGGGGUCUGCUGGAGUCCUUCAAGAGAGCCAUGCGUGUCAGGAGCCACUCUAUGGAGACCAUGGUGGGGUCCCACCGUCACAGGAGCCCUGGGGUGGGAGGUGGGGUCCCGGCCAGCGUGAGUGGAGGAGGACUGCCGCAGAGUACCAGCGAAUGCACAAAGAGCACCUUCACUCCUCCUGUGUUGUCAGCCAAGUCUCCUCUGAAGAGCCCAGUGAAACGACGCUCAGGCCUCUUCCCUCGUCUCCACUCCAGCACGGACACCCCAUCGGACAAACACACCCGCAGCGACCAAAAGCUUGCGGAGAUCUGCCCGCUGUCCCAAGAAGUGAGGUCGGAGACAUCCUCCAAUCCCAGCUCACCUGAGAUCUGCCCCAACAAAGACAGGCCGUUUAUCAAGCUGAAAGAGUGCGGUGGCGGCAGACCGAACAUCUCUCGUUCUUCAUCCAGCACCAGCAGCUUCAGCAGCACCACGGGAGAAACAGAAGCUCUGGAAGAGCUGGAGACAGCCAACCAUCCCUCUAUAGCGUCCUCCUCUGCCUUUAGUCCUGCCCUCAGUGUCGAGAGCCAGGGAUCAGGUACCCCUGUCAUCAUGUGCCGCAGUCCAACAGAUGGGAGAAGUAAGACGUCACCGAGGUCAAACUUGAAGUUUCGUUUUGACAAAAUGAGCCACUCGUCCACAGCUUCCGAGUAGCUUUGUGGAAUGGAAAUAUCCGACUAGCACAAUGAAGGGACAGCGUGGACUUACGGAGUUGCAAAAAACAAAAAGAAAUCACAACAACAACAACAACAACAACCACAAAAUCAUUGUAGAACCGCUUCCCUAAAGCAAGGAUAAUCUGACAAAAUUACCACCUGCACUAGAGUCCCCAUACACUAUAGACUAAUACUGUGAGUGUAUAAUGAGGAGAAGCAGCUGACACGUUGGCUUUCUUUUUAACUGAUCUUUAGCUACAGAAAUAAGUCCAUACUUUGCCAAUGUUACAAGUUGCUGCAUCUCAGCUGUUAAUUGUUCACAUCACAUGGAAAUCCUAGCAUGGCUGUAAUACUGUGAGUGUAGGCUGAGCUAGACUCUGCCUCAGCUUUUUCUUAAGCAUCAUGUUUAAUAGAGAGACACGGUGAUCCAGAAGAAUGGUAACAUGAGACUAUGGCCGAACUGUUACUCUUUUAUCUAUAUCUAGUCGUCUACUCAGUGGAAAGGAUGUCUUUCAGGACAUCGGGAUGAUCCCAUUUGCCUUUGCCCUUGAAUGGUACGUCUGAGAGUUCCUCUUUUGCCUAAAAAGAAAGUGUGCAGACACAGACAAACACACACACAUGCGCAGAAAUGUACACUUACAGUAGCAACGUUUUAGAGGUGACAACGCUGGCUGUCUCAAUUUGCCACUGUAGGACCUGAGCUUGUUUUUUGCAUAUAAACAUGUUUUUCUAGAGCAUCUUUGAUUUUCUAGAUGUUUUUUGUAACCUAGCUAGCUGCUGCAUUGUGUCUACUGCACUAUAAACACAACAUUGCUGAAAUUCAGUCGAUACCUAUGACAGCAUUUCUGUAUCGGUUAGGGUAACUUCAAGUCUCUGAACUGAAGUGCUUGGUUAGUGGAAAUUAGCUCACUGCCAACACAUUUGCCAUAAGCUUAUUUUAGCCAAAGCUGCGCCUUACAAUCUAUCAAAACCCCUUUUCACCACUGAUGCUCUCUCUCUCACUCUUACGCUCUCUCUCACUCUGUCUGUCUGCCUGUCUGUCUCUCACUAUGUGAGAGGACAAGAAUCUUCUGGAUCCGGUUACAGCACAGUUGUGGGUAGCCGAUCAACACCCACAUUUGCUGAAAAUAGACGUUGCACGUACCUCCCAUUGAAGCUUGCUAGCUUGGUGUAUCUGCGUUUAUGUUCGGUGCAACCUAUGAAGAGGAAAGUCUCCAGGGUUUUUAGUUUCCCAGCAUGUAAGCUGAUGAAGAUGACUUGAAAAAGAUGCUUCAGGUUAAAUUAACCUUUGAACCACCUUUGGCAAAAAAAACACACUUUGAAUGUGAAUUUGAAGCUUUGUUUUUUCUCUUAAUCUCUUAUUAGUAAAAUUGCAAAGUCAGUUGCUUACAAGCACAACAGGACAAUAGGUCUACUCUAGUUCUCAACUAUAACAGAUCUUCACUAACCAGUUUUAGCAGGCCAAAGUGUGCUAAUCAAGAAAAAGCUUACCGACACACCGAUGUGUACCUAUGUGACCAAACAGCCAAGCUUGUAGGUCUUUGGAAGAAUGUCUAUGAACCAUUCCUGUUGCAGAGAGGAUGGCUUAGUAUAGUGCAAAGAUCUGUCACAUGAAACUCAAAACCCAGAGGGUUAAAAGGGUCUUGUUGUCCAAAUAACAAAAACCUACUUUGUUAUUUGGGUGACUUUUUAACUUUGCCAACUAGCUGCUGAGUUCCUUGAGGAGUACUUUUCUGAUGUAUCUGGGCUAGAAACAGACGUGUUGGCUAAUACACAAUGUGCUCACUUAGUGUAGACCAGUGAUUACCUCGAGCGAGGGAAGCAGGGACAGAGAUCACACAAAAAAGCGUGACUCUCAGAUGUCAUUCAGUUUGUAGCAGGUAUUGCCGAAAACGCCCUGCAGCCUUUUCUCUGUUAAUAUGCUUAAUUUAUUCAAAUGAUCACUUCUUUUGCAUUGAUGUCAUGUAAAAAUGUAACUGCAGAGUACGCUAAUUAAUAAGGUUAAAACGACUAAAGGAAAUAUAUUAAUUUAAAAGAUGUCUAGACAUGUAUAUGUAUAUUUGGUUAUGUAACGUGCCAUUGAGAAUUUAUUGAUAAAUAAAAUGUUGUAUUUUGUGUCAUUUA